AUGUCCGGGCGACUGGUGGACGACCCACGAUUCGGUCGACGCGAUAAUGGACAGAUUGGGGACGAGCAGCUGGCACGACGGCUUCAAGAGCAAGAGCAACAAUUAGAGGUCGAUCGACAGUUUGCCGAAGCGCUCGCCGCAGGUGCAAGCGACGGUUUUGAUGAACAUCGUCUCCAGAUCGCGCAAGACUACGAGCUGGCGCUUCAACUGGAGGCUGAAGGCAGCGACGACGGCACUAGAAUCAAAGUGGAAGAAGAAGAGGACGAUAGCUUCGACGCCCCGUCGGCAUAUGACCAACAACGAAGUGCCACCGACACAGCAACAUGUACCGCCUGCGCCGACGACCUUCCACGCAACGAGCUGGCCACCAGCACUUGCAACCACGCCUACUGCGCCACGUGCCUCAGCAGGCUCUUCCGCCAGGCCAUGACCGACGAAGCCUACUUCCCUCCUCGUUGCUGUCAGAACGAGAUACCGCUGGCUCAUGCGAAGCACUUCCUCGGACCACAGCUGGCGGAGGAGUUUGAGACGAGAGCGGUGGAGUUGACGACGGCGGAUAGGACGUACUGUCAUGUCUCGGCUUGCUCAGCGUUCAUACCUCCGGCAACUAUUAGGGGAGAUGUCGCGUGGUGUGGGAGCUGCGGACAAUCUACGUGUUCGAUGUGCAAAGCUGCGGGGCAUUUGGGAGACUGUCCGCAGGACGUCGGGUUGCAGCAGACGCUGGAGGAAGCGCACAGGCAGGGGUGGAGGAGGUGUGAGUGUGGGAGGAUCAUUGAGUUGAACACUGGGUGCAAUCAUAUGACAUGCACAUGUCGACGACAGUUCUGCUACCUCUGCGGCGCGCGCUGGAAGACCUGCCGCUGCGCACAAUGGGAUGAGCAGAGGCUCUACGCUCGGGCGGAGGAGGUUAUCAACCGGCGUCCACGCGCCCUUGCCGUUCCACGGCGUCCAUGCGCUACUGCCUUUCGGCCAGAAGGUGCCGUUGUGAAUGCGGGUUUGCCACUGAGGGACGAGCUAGUCCGCGAGGGUUUCGAUCCUACCGACGCUGAACUACUCCACGAGCGUGAUGCACCUCUUCUGCCGGCAUGCAGGCAGCGUUAUCCGCUGCAGCUCCAUCACGCAAAUCCAGCCAAUGCCCAGCAGAACGACUUCGCUCAGCGAGUGCGCGACCAGAACGCCCAGCAAGCAGCCCAGCACCAGCAUAUCCACGCUCCGCCUCAAGCUGGUCCAGCCAAUGCCCAGCAGAACAACGAAGCCCACCAAGCCCGCGUCCAGGACGUUGCGCAGCAACUGCGAGAGAACCACGAGUGCAGGCACCCGCAGCGUUGGAGGCGGUUCAAGGGCUACCAUCAUUGUCCGGUGUGUGCGAAGGAUAAGAAGGAUGUCGUGGGGGAGUGCAAGAUUUGCUUCCUGGUGGCUUGUUAUCCUUGUCGGAGGCAUCGGCUUUGA